CUUUCACCAUCACUGCAAAGACCUGACGCAUACCGUACGUACAUAUAUAUAAAGAGGGAGACAGUCACUGUAUUUUUUGACACCAAAAAGGAGAGAAAAGCCCUUUCAAGUUUCAACAUAAACAAAAUAAUUACUAGCAUGCUUAUGUUCUUUGUCACUAUUGCUUGAUUUUUUUUCUUCACUUCACAGAAUGUCUACUUCAGAGACUUGCCAUGAUGACUUGUCAGUCUCCAGCGACUUCUCCGGCGAGAUUGGGGAACACUUCCACUCAGAUUCUUCGUCUGAGGUGGACUUGGAGAGUGGUGUUUCGUUGGUGGCGCUGCAUUUAGAUGAUAAGUCAGUCAGAGAUUGUAGGAUUUGCCACUUGGGUUUUGAUGGUUAUUCUCAAGAGUUUAGGCCUCCCAUUGAGUUGGGUUGUUCUUGUAAAGGUGAUUUGGGUUCUGCUCACAAACAAUGUGCUGAGACUUGGUUUAAGAUCAAGGGUAACAUGAUCUGUGAGAUUUGUGGCUCCACUGCAGUUAAUGUUGCUGGUGAGCAAAUAAAUCAGUCAAAUGGUUUUGCUGCUGCAGCCUCAUCAGCAUCGGCAGCACCUAUGAUCUCAGUGGAAACUCGAAACUUCUGGGAGGGCCACCGCAUAUUGAACUUCUUACUUGCCUGCAUGGUGUUUGCCUUUGUCAUAUCUUGGCUCUUUCACUUCAAAGUCUUAUCAUGAAUGUCAAGAGUGAAGCUUUAGCAUUUUGCUCUCAUUCCGAGGGACAAGAUGUAACUCCCACAUGUAAUGGUGUUUAUAUUUGGUCUGUAUUUCUACCCGUCCUCAGUCUCCCCUCAUCUCUAGCUUAAUGUUGUCUGUUAUAACACAUAGUAGUGAAAAGCCUCUGUGUUCAUGAAUUGCAUGUUAUAUAAAUCUUGCUUUUGAGUGGGAAUUGCUUGUCAUUGUCUGUGAAAUGUGCUACUGGAAGAUGGUCAAGAAAAAAC